AUGGAGAGCAUUGAAUCCGUUCUGGAAAAAAAUAUUACCGAUGAGAAGGAGAAGGAGGAUGUCUACCGCAUUCUCUACGGUGGCAGAUUAGAGAAACUCAAACUGCCGAUCAGUUCCUGUCCAGCUGGCAGUAGUACGGCCAAAGUUGCUGGCUAUGCCUUCCGUCGGGCAGAGGAACAACUUCGCUCUCCGCGCCUUGUUCGUAUCGGAGCUAUUCAACACAUUAUGCCUCUACCUCCCACAGCCAAGGUUCAGGACCAAAUUACUGCAGUUCACAAGAAACUGGGGGACCUGGUCGAUGCUGCUGCACAGUGCGGUGUGAACGUGCUCUGUUUCCAGGAGGCCUGGACUAUGCCAUUUGCGUUUUGUACCCGUGAACGCAUCCCCUGGUGUGAGUUUGCCGAGAGCGCUGAAAACGGACCCACUACCAAGCUGCUUUCAACCUAUGCGAAAAAGUACGGUAUGGUGAUAAUCUCGCCGAUACUUGAGCGAGAUCAUGAGCAUGGUGAGAUUAAUUGGAACACUGCAGUUGUCAUUGACCACAAUGGUAAAUUUAUCGGCAAGUCCAGGAAAAAUCACAUUCCCAGGGUUGGCGAUUUUAAUGAGUCAACCUAUUACAUGGAGAGCAACCUGGGUCAUCCCGUCUUCGACACAAAAUUCGGUGAGCUCCGUUAUUCUAUUUACUUAAAAAUUUAA